AGAGAGAGAGAGAGAGAGGCUGCAGUUGGCGAAGUUUUUAUUCCACUGCUGAACAAAGGCGAUAUUUUACACGGUUAAACAUGGCGCAGGCUCUGAAAGAGAGAUUCGAGAGGUUUCUUUAUGAGAAGAAUAUGAUGACGGACGUGUUGGGGAAGAUAGAGGCUAAGACCGGGGUCAGCCGCACGUAUAUCGCCCUGGCUGUCAUCGCACUGAUUGCCAUCUACCUCGUGGUGGGUUAUGGCGCUUCUCUGCUGUGCAACCUGAUCGGAUUCGUCUACCCGGCCUACAUAUCAAUCAAAGCCAUCGAAAGCACAGACAAAGACGAUGACACAAAAUGGCUCACCUAUUGGGUUGUGUACGGUGUGUUCAGCGUGGCUGAGUUCUUUGCUGACAUCUUCCUGUCCUGGUUCCCAUUCUAUUACAUUGGAAAGUGUGCUUUCCUGGUUUGGUGCAUGGCCCCCACUCCCGCUAACGGCUCCAUCAUGAUCUACACGCGCAUCAUCCGCCCUUUUUUCCUGAGGAACGAGGCCAAGAUUGAUGAUGUAGUGAAGGAUAUCAAAGGCAAAGCGUCAGAUGCUGCAGACAAGAUUAGAGAUGAGGCCAAGAAAGCCACAGCAAACCUCAUAUUUGAAGAGAAGAAGACUUACUAAUUAUCUCUGGGAUAGAAACCACUUCAGCUGCUGCGUAUCCUGUACGACCUUCACAAGCCUGAAGAAAAUGUUGCCUUUGGUUUUUAGUGUGUGUGCGUAUGCGUGUGUGCGCGUGUGUAGGUGUGUAAACAACUGGAAAAAUGCUCCUUGUUUCUCUCACUUUUUCUGUAUGUAAAAACAACGGCAGUGCUGCCAAUGCAAAACGAGUUAGUUUUAAAUAUAUAUAUAUAUAUCACACAUAAUAUCAACCGCAUGAGAGUGACCAUCUACCGCUGUGCUUCAGUCCCAAUAAACCAAACUCUGACGUCUUAAGAA